GAGUGAGAAGCGGGACAGAAAUUACAAUGAAGGCAAAAGUUAACCAGAAAGAAGUUUCCCUAUGAAACAUUUCCCUUUUUAUAGCUUAGCGCAUGUUCUUUAACCCUGAACAUGGUCUACAAGGCAGUUCCAAAUAGAGUAGUGAGUGUUUCAUUUCUUCUAUUUAAGUAGAAAAUAGAACACAUACACAAAGGCACUGUUGUUACACAACAAACAUCGUAGUGCUGAAAUGACAAAAAUCCAGGGUAGCAAUCACAAUCAGAAUGCAGGAGCUGCAGAACAGAACACUUUCUCAUGUCCAGGGUCAGAUUACAAGAGGGUGAUCAAGGCCUCCCGAAGGAGUUAACAUCUGAACAGAGACCUGAAUGAAGGAAGGGAGCAGGCCACGCUAAUAUCUGGAAGGGAAUCUUUCCACCAAAAGGAAUAAGCCUCGAGCCUGGGAGGAAGAAUGGAUGUGCACAUGGAUGAGGAAACUGUUACAGGAAUGAAGAUAUUGAAAGAACACUCAAGACUUUACUGACAAAAACUCAGGAAAUUCUCUAUCACAAAGAGGUUUGGCAACUAAACUAAGACAUUAAAAGGAAAAUACCAGAUGCCACUCUGCACGCUGCAAUAACUACUAUUUACUGGAUACAUUCAAAUCCUCCAGAAUCAACGGUUAUCAGGUAACCAACAAGAAAUGCAAGCCAUCGACAACCUCACAUCUGCGCCUGGGAACACCAGUCUGUGCACCAGAGACUACAAAAUCACCCAGGUCCUCUUCCCACUGCUCUACACUGUCCUGUUUUUUGUUGGACUCAUCACAAAUAGCCUGGCGAUGAGGAUUUUCUUUCAAAUUCGGAGUAAAUCAAACUUUAUUAUUUUUCUUAAGAAUACAGUCAUUUCCGAUCUUCUCAUGAUUCUGACUUUUCCAUUCAAAAUUCUUAGUGAUGCCAAACUGGGAACAGGACCACUGAGAACUUUUGUGUGUCAAGUUACCUCCGUCAUAUUUUAUUUCACAAUGUAUAUCAGUAUUUCAUUCCUGGGACUGAUAACUAUCGAUCGCUACCAGAAGACCACCAGGCCAUUUAAAACAUCCAACCCCAAAAAUCUCUUGGGGGCUAAGAUUCUCUCUGUUGUCAUCUGGGCAUUCAUGUUCUUACUCUCUUUGCCUAACAUGAUUCUGACCAACAGGCGGCCAAGAGACAAGAAUGUGAAGAAAUGCUCUUUCCUUAAAUCAGAGUUCGGCCUAGUCUGGCAUGAAAUAGUAAAUUACAUCUGUCAAGUCAUUUUCUGGAUUAAUUUCUUAAUUGUCAUUGUAUGUUACACACUCAUUACAAAAGAACUGUACCGGUCAUAUGUAAGAACAAGGGGUGUAGGUAAAGUCCCCAGGAAAAAGGUGAACGUCAAAGUUUUCAUUAUCAUUGCUGUAUUCUUUAUUUGUUUUGUUCCUUUCCAUUUUGCCCGAAUUCCUUAUACCCUGAGCCAAACCCGGGAUGUCUUUGACUGCGCCGCUGAAAAUACUCUGUUCUAUGUGAAAGAGAGUACUCUGUGGUUAACUUCCUUAAAUGCAUGCCUGGAUCCGUUCAUCUAUUUUUUUCUUUGCAAGUCCUUCAGAAAUUCCUUGAUAAGUAUGCUGAAGUGCCCCAAUUGUGCAACAUCUCAGUCCCAGGACAAUAGGAAAAAAGAACAGGAUGAUGGUGACCCAAAUGAAGAGACUCCAAUGUAAACAUAUUAACUGAGGAAAUAUGUCAAUCUCUUUGCGUUCAGAACUCAUUAAAGCAAAGCGCUACGUAAAAAUAGUAACUGACGAAGAAGCAACUGAGUUAAUAACAAUGACUCUUAAAACAAGUAAUAGAAGAUUUACAAAAGCAAUUUUCAUUUACCUUUCCAGUAUGAAAAGCUAUGUUAAAAUAUAGAAAACUAAUCUAACUUGUAGCUGUAUAGUAUCAAAACAAAUGACAUCCAAUUGGCAUGCUGCAUGCAAAACUAUACAGAAUUCACGUUUUGCAGAGUUUUGCCCAAAUGAGUAAUCAUAUAAUAUCUACCGUAAUGUUUAAAAUACAUUAUUGCUCACGAUUUUAUUUCUUCAUAAUCAACUAAGGAAGAAUUAUCAAUUGGAUACAAUCUUCUUACCAAAAAUGACACUUAAAAUGUAUAUAUAUCCUAGCCCCUAACCAAAUCCUGACCUAUUGGGAUACUUAUAAAAAUUUGAGUAAGUGGAAUACACAAAGAAUAAUAACUUUUAAUUAUGAGCAAAAAUCUAAGGGUUAAAUUUAAACUAAUUGAAACUGUAUUUGACUGGACUUAAUUUUUUUGUUUAUUAAGAAGACACUUGAAGAAGACCUUUACCAGAGAAGAAAUAUCAAAGUCAUUAAAAUAAGGAGAGUUACUUUUAUGAUAUUCUAACACUAAACAAUAUAGAAAUAUUUCCUUAAUUCUAGAGAAACUAGUUUUACUAAUUUUUUACAACCUCAAUAAUACCAUCAUUGACACUUACCUUUAUUAACUAGCUUCUAGAAAAUACCUGCUAAUUAGGUUAAUGAACAUUUUACGUUAGUGAAAAAAAAUUAAUUAAAUAUGAUUACAAAGUUGCACAGCAUAACUACUGAGAGGAAAGUGAUUGAUCCAUUUGUAAUUAUUUGUUUGUACUGGUGUGUAUAAAAUACAAAAUUUACAUUAAACUCUAAAUCA